UAUAAAUACUAAGAUCGAGAUGAAGAGAUUCAAGAGUAAAACGUAGAAACUUUUAGUACCAGAGUUUUGGGAGAGUGAUAUGGCACAGUGGUCGUUGCUUAUCGUUUUGUUCUGCGUCGCCUCCGCCGCCGCCGGAUUCAGCUUCCAUGACUCCAAUCCUAUUCGAAUGGUCUCCGACGUGGAGGAGCAGUUACUUCAGGUGAUCGGAGAAAGUCGUCACGCCGUCUCUUUCGCCCGGUUCGCUAACAGAUACGGUAAGCGAUACGAUAGCGUUGAUGAGAUGAAGCUUCGGUUUAAGAUCUUUUCGGAGAAUAUUGAACUUAUCAGGUCCAGUAAUAAGAGACGACUCAGUUACAAGCUCGGUGUUAAUCAUUUUGCUGAUUGGACUUGGGAGGAGUUCAGAAGUCAUAGACUUGGUGCUGCUCAAAAUUGCUCUGCUACUCUUAAGGGUAACCAUAAGAUUACCGAUGCUAAUCUUCCUGACGAGAAAGACUGGAGGAAAGAAGGUAUAGUCAGUGGAGUUAAAGAUCAAGGCAGCUGCGGAUCAUGCUGGACAUUCAGCACAACUGGAGCAUUGGAAUCAGCUUACGCACAGGCAUUCGGAAAGAAUAUCUCUCUUUCUGAGCAGCAGUUAGUGGAUUGUGCUGGUGCUUUCAAUAACUUUGGCUGCAGCGGCGGGUUACCGUCACAAGCCUUUGAAUACAUAAAAUACAAUGGUGGCCUUGAGACAGAAGAAGCAUAUCCCUACACUGGAAGUAAUGGUCUCUGCAAAUUUAGAUCUGAACACGUUGCUGUUAAAGUCCUUGGCUCUGUCAACAUCACCUUGGGUGCUGAGGAUGAAUUGAAACACGCAAUUGCUUUUGCUCGGCCUGUUAGUGUGGCAUUUGAGGUGGUGCAUGACUUCAGAUUAUACAAGAGUGGAGUUUACACUAGUACAGCUUGUGGCAGCACGCCCAUGGAUGUGAAUCAUGCUGUUCUUGCUGUUGGAUAUGGGAUUGAAGACGGCAUACCAUAUUGGCUCAUUAAAAAUUCGUGGGGAGGUGAUUGGGGUGACCAUGGCUAUUUCAAAAUGGAAAUGGGGAAGAAUAUGUGCGGUGUUGCUACAUGUUCUUCCUAUCCUGUUGUGGCCUAAAUGGCAAACUGGGACGUGAUGCCCAAAAGGAUGCCUUGGUGAUGACUUCCAUCUUACACGUUAUCUUUGUAGUUAUUCAUCUUAAACGUAAAAUGCAGUGAUAUAAUGAUAAGUCUUUGAUGUUAAUCUGUAAAAUAAGUUUGGAAUUGAGACUCAAUUUCUUCUAUUUUCCAUAUACCAACCACAUUACUGAAUAAGAUUGUAAAUUCUGUAUCAUUAUCACAUAGAGACAUAAUAAACUUCGUCUGUAGCAUUUCCCUUAGCAAUUUAAGGAUGUCAUGCAGGGUGUUUGUUUAUCA